AGGAAGAAUGACUGAAUGAGAAACUUACCCCCUACACCUAGCCCCAACCCAACAGCUUUUUCCUUCAACAAAAGCCCAGCUCCCCUUUUUCUGUUAAGAAGUGCUAAUCGAACAAUGGAGAGCAGUAGCGGAGCCACCGACUACAACUGGAGUGAGACCGUUGAGGACCUUGUCCAUGGUGGAGAAAUUGAUAAAGCCAUUUCAUUUCUUGAAUCUAAAGUCUCCAGUCUUGAAAAAGAGAAACUAAAUAAUGAGGACACAAAUUUAUCCUCUCUCAAAGAUGAUCAGUUGUCCACCGUCUUUCUAGAGUUGUCCAAGCUCUAUUCUACUAAAGGCCUCUCUCUCAAAGCCGACCAAGCCCUGUCUCGUGCGCUCCAAAUUAAACAUAAAACAGGGGAUUUACACACUGUGAAGGAAUCAACCCAUCAACGAUAUUCAGAAGCUCACAGUUUGCAAAAUGAGGUUUCAAUUCCUGAUGGAAUUGCAGAAGGUCGUUGUGCGGAUUCUUUAGACUUGAAGAAUGAUGGCUUGCCACAAGAGAGCUCUGGUGAUGAUGAAUUAUUAUUUGUCGGAUUUUCAUCAAAAGUCAUCGUGAUCGCAGACUGGGAAGCUAUUGCAGAUCGUGCUCCCGAUGAAUUACUCUCCCCAAAAUGUUUGCCGGAGAUAUCGAACCUCUCUCUGGAUACUGUGCAUAGCACCAAGCAACGUGGAAGGGGAUCAUUUUCAUAUAAGAAACAUGGCUUGUACAGUGAUUACGAGUCUGAUCUACCUGUUAUUGAUGACUCGGAAGACAAUUCCCAAGGCAUGGAAGACAGUGCCCAAGGCACGGCUGAUAACUUGGGAAUAAGAAAUUAUUCAGUGGAAUAUGGUACACGCCAUGUUAUUGUUCUGGCGGACUUUCCUCCAAGCACUAGGACAACUGACCUAGAGAACGUAUUGGAGAAAUUCAAAGAUCGUGUCGUGAUUCGAUGGGUGAAUGAUGCUGUGGCACUGGCAGUGUUUAAAACACCAUCAGUUGCGCUUGAGGCUAGUACCUCCAUUUGUUUUCCAUAUACAGUACGUGUACUUGCAGAAGAUGAUGAACUUUUGAGCUUAAUUCCACCAAAAGAUCUGGAGCCUCCUCGUCAAAGGCCUCGAACAUCAGCAAGAACUGCCCAGAGAAUGAUUGCACAAGGAAUGGGAAUAAAGUUGCCUUCUACAGUUGGCUCGGCAGAAUAUAGAAAACAGGAGGAUGCUCGGAAGAAUCGGAUAGUUUCAAGACAGAACAUGAGGGAUGAUGCUUGGGGUGAUGAUGGAAACUAGAAGAAGGUGGUUUUAUCUUGGAUAUUGUUUUUGUCUACUGGGAUUUGUAACAUUCAUCUGAUUUUGGUCAUUUAAAGAAAAAUGAAAAUUGUGUAGAUUGUGUUUGGAAACAUCAAUUUGCGUUAUCAUAACUUUUAUCUUUUCAUAUAGAAAUAUUUGAAACA